UUUUUCCUAAAGAUAAGGAUUGUUGUAAAUGGUGGAAUCUUGCAUCGAAAGUGCAGUGCGGAAACAAAAUAUUGCGUGUGCCUUACACGAGUUACCCCAAAUAUCUGCUGGAAGCACAAUUACAGCGUGACGGUGACAUCUCUCAAUUCUUCGCCAUCGAUUUCAAAGUUCGGAAGGCGGUGUAUAAUUCCCAUUUCCCAGUCGCAGCUGAGAAUGGAUGAAUUAAAGUGCCAGACUUCGUAUCAAUCAAAUCAUAUCCCAAAUCCAUCUGUAUCUGACUCAACUCAGCUUCCUCCUGAUUCCAGGCCAGAAGCAGAACUGAAGGAUUCUAUUGCUGCAAGAAAAGUGCAGAAGGCCGAUCGGGAGAAAUUGAGGAGGGAUCGCUUGAAUGAACAGUUCACUGAAUUAGGAAAUACUCUUGAUCCCGAGAGGCCUAAAAAUGACAAGGCAUCUAUUCUCAGUGAUACCAUUCAAGUGCUGAAGGAUUUGACUGCUCAAGUCAGCAAACUAAAAUCUGAGUAUGCUGCACUUACUGACGAAAGUCGGGAGUUGACUCAGGAGAAGACUGAUCUCAGAGAAGAGAAGGCAUCUCUUAAAUCUGAUAUUGAGAGCCUUAAUGCCCAAUAUCAACAAAGACUGAGGACCAUGUAUCCAUGGGCAGGGAUGGAUCCUUCCAUGGUCAUGCAUCCGCCUUCAUAUUCAUAUCCAGUGCCUGUACCAAUACCAACUGGAGCGAUUCCAAUGCAUCCGUCUCUGCAGCCAUACCCUUUUUUUGGGAAUCAGAAUCCUGCAGCUAUCCCAAACCCAUGUUCACCUUUUGUUCAAUACAUGGCUCCCAGCACACUGAUGGAACAGCAACCGGCACAGCAGAUUUCCCCUGUCAUGCAGCCAAGUAAUAGGACCCAUGGUUCUGGCAGACAUGACUCCAGAAACAAGUCGUCUGAUCAAGGAGAGAGCAGGAUCGAGAAAUAUGAAGAUUCCAAUGAAGUUGCAACAAAUUUAGAGCUUAAGACACCUGGACCUGCAUCUGAGCAGGAGCUUUCAUCUGGACAAAGGAUCUCCAGAAAGCUGUCAAGUAAGGAUAACAGCCUCACUGAUGGAAGUUCGUCGAGUAGAUGUUCAUCAUCCCAUAGUGUACAGGCUCUUUCUUCAAAUAGUUUAGUUAGGGGAAAAAAGACAUGAUUGACAAAUGGAAGAGAGCGGGGACCUGUUUUUUCCAUUGUUAUUUCUAAACCUUAAGUGAUCAAUAUCAGGUAGUACCAUUUGUUGUAUAUAAACUUUCUAGGAUCAGGAAGCUGUUGCUGGUGUAAAAUGUGUACGACUUAGAAUUUUUCCCCAGAUAUUUCGUGGAGACUUCUAAGAGGGUUGCAACUGGAUAGAGCUGGCAUUCCCGUAAGAAUGAUAUUUAAAAAGAGUGUUCAGCUCUCUUGUAUCUUUAUUGUAAACACUUUAGGCUAUCUAAUUUUUUCGUGAUUGUUAUU